AUGUCUUCAAACCGCCCCCCCUCACCAACUCCCUCCCAACUCCCCCCAAUACCCGGCAGCCCAACCUUCACCUACGCGUCCACCGCCAACCGCCUCUCCCAAUACAACCUCCCUCUCCCCCCACCCCCAGUACCCGCUCAUGAGGUUCUUACCAAAUCCGACCUUGAAAACUCCCAAGCCGCUUACGCCGACCUCCUCGCCAGUGCCAAAGCCUACCGCCUGGCUCUCGCCUCCCUCUCCACGGCCGCCUCAGCUUUCGGCGCGGCUCUCGAAUCCUGCGCCCGCCUGAAAGAAGCCCGCGCCGACCAUAUCGGUCCCCCCGGCGGCACUUCCAUGAGCAAUAGUUUUACGACCAAGGGCCAGUGCACGGCUGAUGCGUUGCUCACCGUUGCUGGGCUGCAGCACUUGGUCGCGAAUCAUCAGCAUAUUCUAUCGGAGACGGUUUAUCGGGCGUUUGAGGUGCCGUUGCUGCACGAACUGGAUAAGUGGCGGGCGGCGGUUGAGGAUGAGGAAGAGAGCUAUACCCGCGCGGUAGCCGCGCAGAGCAGGGAGAUACGGCGGCUGGAGAAGGAAGGGAUGAAGCUGCAUCGGCAGCGGAGGAGGGAUGUGGCGAAGUUCAGGAACCAUCUGGUUGAGCUGACGACGAAGCUGGAUGGGUUGACGGUGUUACAUGCGGAGCAUGCAAGGACGUUGUUGAGGGAGAGCCAGGAGACGAGUGAGAAGAUCGUCGAGGCGAGUUGUAGCCUUGCGAGGGCGGAAGUCGAUAUUUUUGAGAGUUUGGCCAGGAAAGGCUGGACGGGAGGGGGUCUGGAGGAUGUGCUUGAGCGUGGGGUUGACUUGUUUGCGGCGGAGAUUGAUCCGCUUGGAGGGUCUGGAAAGGGGGCUGGUGAUGGCGGCGGCGGGGUUGGCGGCGACGGGACGAAGCUGUUCAGCAUCCUUCCGCCCAAGAGCAUUCUGGCAGAUACGGGGUCCGACACUCUACGGCCGGUCAAUCAACGUGGUGACAGCCUGUUGAUGGACGCUGAUCGGUACCAGAGCCUGGCGGGAGCGAUAGCGUCCGACUUCACGGCGAAAGAUAGAGAUCGGGAUGCCGAUAGCGUCUUUUCUUCUGAACUUAAUCGGUCACGGAACGUGCGUCCCUUCUCGCCACAGCCACAGCCGCUGAAGCUGAACCCUGAUGAUCUUUUUGUCGGUCUUGAGAACGCAAUACAGGAGGAAGAGGAGGAAGAGCAGACAUCGUCGUCGUCUGAAGUCAAACGCGACGGACAGGCUGAAUACGACCAACAUCCUACACAAAGAGAGGAGGGCGCAGCUAUUCAUGAUGAGGAUGAUCGCAAAUAUCGGGACGAUGUGAGCGAGGAGUCUCAUCCGUGGCGCAAUGAAGGGUUACGACGAGGGUCAUCGUCGUCUGACACCAGCAGUCGCAGACACAGGCUUGGAGUAAACCUGGAAGAAUCACGGCCGGAUGAAGCUUGGAGCGUAUCGGGAGAUCACUGA